GCUUCACUUCUCUGAGGUUAGCCAGCUGCUUUGCGUUUCUUCCCCCUUGCUCGUUCGUCUCUUAUCCCUACCUGAUUGCUCCGUCGCUCAAAACCCUAAUCCUCUCCUCUCCGCCUCAUUUCUCCCACCUUAACUUUCACCUCCAUCGAAAACCAAUCAGCCAUGGCGAGUCAAACUCCGAAUCUAGAGUGCCGGAUGUACGAAGCCAAGUACCCAGAGGUGGACAUGGCGGUGAUGAUCCAAGUCAAAAACAUCGCCGACAUGGGAGCCUACGUGUCCCUCCUCGAGUACAACAACAUCGAAGGCAUGAUCCUCUUCUCCGAGCUCUCCCGCCGCCGGAUCCGGAGUGUGAGCAGCUUGAUCAAAGUCGGGAGAAUCGAGCCGGUGAUGGUUCUUCGCGUGGACAAGGAGAAGGGUUACAUUGAUCUGAGCAAACGUAGAGUCAGCGAGGAAGAUAUACAGACUUGCGAAGAGAGGUAUAACAAGAGCAAGCUUGUUCAUUCUAUCAUGCGUCAUGUUGCCGAGACUCUUUCUAUCGAUUUACAGGAGUUGUAUGUGAACAUUGGUUGGCCUUUGUACCGGAAACAUGGUCAUGCUUUUGAGGCUUUCAAGAUCUUAGUGACUGAUCCUGAUUCUGUGUUGGGUUCACUCACACGUGAGAUCAAAGAAGUUGGACCUGAUGGGCAGGAGGUGACUAAAGUUGUACCUGCUGUUACGGAAGAAGUGAAAGACGCACUUGUGAAGAACAUUAGGAGGAGAAUGACACCACAGCCGAUGAAGAUCCGUGCUGAUAUCGAGUUGAAGUGUUUUCAGUUUGACGGAGUUGUUCACAUCAAGGAGGCCAUGAGAAAGGCUGAAGCGGCUGGAAACGAUGACUGUCCUGUUAAGAUUAAAUUGGUUGCCCCACCUCUGUAUGUCCUUACCACUCAGACUCUUGACAAGGACCAAGGGAUUGAAAUUCUAACGAAGGCCAUAGAAGCUUGCACUGAGACAAUUGAUGAACACAAAGGCAAGCUCGUCGUUAAGGAGGCACCUAGAGCUGUGAGUGAAAGAGAUGAUAAGAUGCUGACAGAACACAUGGCUAAGCUAAGAAUGGACAAUGAAGAGAUCAGCGGCGAUGAAGAAAGUGGAGAAGAAGAAGAGGACACAGGGAUGGGUGAAGUUGACAUUGAAGGUGCUGGAAUCGUUGAGUAGGAGGAGGAUUCGCCGGUUUUUUACAGUUUUCCGACAAACAUGAGUAUUUUUUCUCUAAAGUAGAAAAUCUCCGAAAGGUUUUGUGUGUUUUUUCUUUUUUUUUGUCCAUCAGAGACGUGUUGUUUUCACACCCGUUGAGGGGUUUACUCGUAUGGUUUUUAUAAAGAUUUUGACUAUUUAUGCA